GUAAAUAUGCCUAUGACAUCCUAGGUUUUGUUUGGGGAUAACAAGGCAUUGGUGCCGCCCCGCCUUUCCCUUGGCGCCUGCUCCUGCUGUUGCCUCGCGAUGUCGUUAAUGGGAUGUUGAAGAUGGCCGCAGCAACAUCCAUGGCAAGGCUCUUCCACUCAGGUUCUUUUUGGAAUCCCAUCCGCCGACGCCUCCCCGCUUCCUCCUCUUCAACAAUUACCUACGCCACUGCUACGACGAGCCCUAAGAAUAAUAAGAAGAAGAAGCAGCAGCAGCAAAAGCUCAAUGUCGGGGUCGGCGGUGCUGCGGCGGACUCGAAACUGGCGGCGGCGAAGAGGAGGACUCGGUCCGAUAGGGAGUUGGACAGAGAGCAAGUUGAGCGCUACGGAGACGGCGGCAGCCAUAUUCCGGUCAUGCUGGGUGAAGUCCUGGAGGUCUUCGCUUCCUCCGCCACACCUCUGCGCUCCUUCGUCGACUGCACUCUCGGCUCUGCCGGCCAUUCUUCCGCCAUAAUUCAGGCGCAUCCUGAAUUGCAACUAUACAUUGGAUUGGAUGUUGAUCCUUUAGCACAUGAAAAGGCACGGGCUCGGAUCAAUUCUUUUUUGCACUGCGAUUCUUCUCGCCCAAUUUCCCACCUGAAAGCACAUAUCCUUUUGAAGAACUUCAGAAACAUCAAGACUGUGAUUGCUGAGGUCAAUGACCAACGUUUAACUUCUGGAGUUGAUGGGAUCCUAAUGGACUUGGGGAUGUCAUCCAUGCAGGUGGACAAUGCUGCGAGAGGGUUUAGUGUGCUUUGUAAUGGUCCCCUUGAUAUGCGGAUGGAUCCUCAGGCAACUUUGAAAGCAGAAGACAUAUUGAAUUCUUGGCCAGAUACAGAAGUGGAGCGAAUACUCCGGGAAUAUGGGGAAGAAAGCAACUGGCAUGCUCUCCGGAAUAAGAUUAUUAAAGCGCGUUUAGGUGGUGGAUUGCAUUCUACUGGUGAACUAGUGGAGCUCAUUCGGAGUACAACUCCCAGGCCAAGAGCAGCAGGGGGGAGACAAGGUUGGAUAAAGACAGCAACACGGGUGUUUCAAGCCCUGAGGAUAGCUGUUAAUGAUGAACUGCGAACACUGGAAGAUUCCCUUUAUGCUUGUUUUGAUUGCCUUGCACCUGGGGGUAGACUUGCUGUCAUCUCUUUCCAUAGUUUGGAGGACAGGAUAGUGAAGCAGACAUUUCUCAAUAUCAUCAAUAGUGGCCGCAGAGAUGAACAAGAGGGGGCUGAGGAGACGUCUAGAAGAGAUAUGAUGAAGAAUGGAAGUAGUGAUGAGGAAAAGGAAACAUGGAUUAAACAAAUGAUACUAGGCUGGAACGGAAUUAUUCUAACAAAGAGACCAAUAACGCCAUCUGAAGAGGAAGAGAGAUUGAACCGUCGGUGUAGGAGUGCUAAGCUCAGGGUGAUUCAGAAGGUUCGAUUAUAGAUGAACUGGUCAGGUGAUUCCCUGUGUUACAUAUCUUGCUCUCUGUGCCUCUGGUGAGCCAUACUAUUUGUUUACCAUUAAGCACCCUUGCUCUAAGUCAUUGACAUAAAUUGGUAUCCUCCAAUGGAACUAAUUGUCAGUAGAAAUAAUAUCUUAUUCCUUAUUUAAGAAUAUUAUUAAUACAUUGUCGUAUUCUUCAUUUUAUGUGGGAACAAAAAGUUUCAUAAGACUCUUUCUGUUAA